UGUCAAGUGUCAAUCAACCACUCGUCGUCAAGCAGAUCAUCUAAGGAAAACUAUAAAGAUGUCUCCGUCGCCAUCCGUCACCGAAGUUCAAGUGGAGACCGUUACAUUUCCGCCGGCGGUUAAGCCUCCCGGCUCAAACAAAACUCUCUUCCUAGGGGGCGCAGGGGAGAGAGGGCUGGAGAUACAAGGAAAAUUCAUCAAGGUCACGACGAUCGGUGUCUAUCUAGAAGAUGAAGCCGUGCCAUCUCUCGCCGGUAAAUGGAAGGGAAAAACCACCGAAGAGCUGACGGAUUCCGUCGAAUUCUUCAGGGACGUCGUUACUGGUCCCUAUGAGAAAUUCAUACAAGUAACAAUGCUUCUGCCAUUGACGGGUCAACAAUACUCAGAGAAGGUCUCAGAGAAUUGUGUUGCCUUCUGGAAAUCAAUCGGAAUUUACUCCGACGCAGAAGCUAAAGCUAUUGAGAAAUUCUUAGAGGCUUUCAAAGACGAAACCUUCCCUCCUGGCUCCUCUAUUCUCUUCACCCAGUUGCCAAAUGGAUCUUUAACGAUUAGCUUCUCCAAAGAUGGAUCAAUACCAGAAGCGGGGAAGGUAGUAAUAGAAAAUAAACUUCUUUCUGAGGCGAUUCUAGAAUCGAUAAUCGGCAAACAAGGAGUUUCUCCUGCGGCAAAGAAGAGUUUGGCAGCAAGAUUACCUGUGUUGUUGAAAGAAAGUGAAAAGGUUGCUUCAACAGAGAAAGCUGUGGAAUUGGAGGCAAAGAACGUUAAUGGCAGUUGAAGUUGAAGCAACAUAAACAGAGUUCUUCGUAAUGAAAAACUGGAAAAUGGAGGGGUUGUCUUGAUCACCGUAUUUUAUAUUGAAUAAAGAUUUUAAGUAUGUGUUUCUGUAAUAUAUAUUGUCGUAUAAUUUGCUGAAUUGAUGACGACUAUUUUGGGAGCUUAAUGACAAGGUUUUGUUCAUUGAGGUUU